AUGCCACAAUUAGUACCAUUCUUUUUUGUAAAUCAAGUAGUAUUUACUUUUGUUAUAUUAACAGUAUUAAUAUAUACAUUUACUAAAUUCAUAUUACCUAGAUUUGUACGUACUUUUAUUUCACGUAUUUACAUAAAUAAAUUAUAA